AUUGAAACUUAAACUUCAGAAUGGAUCCACGGAUAUCAAUAACACAAGGUUGAAUCACUCCAGCUGCCUAAGAGAACCCUUUUGGAAACUUUAGCAAAAAUCCCCCCAAAAAUAGUUAAGAAGAAAUGUAAUUUUAAGUCCUUAAAAAUGGUCAGGUAAUUAAACAGCAGAUAAUAUCAUUAUGUAUUACUUCCGGAUUGCAAUGUGAUAUACCCACAAACUGUUUCAGAUAUGGCAAUCUUCUAUUAUAAAGUAAAGAUAUAGUAAUUGCACAACCAGGUGCGUUUUUUCCAGGAAAGCAUAAUGCUGAGAUGUGCUAUGGAGGAGAAGCUGAUCUACACACACAUGUUACUGGCUGUAAGAAGAAUCCAGGUCACAAAGGUUUUAUACCUCUUAAAGAUUUCAACACAAAUUGUCUCCCAUCAUAUUACCAUGACGACGAGAUCGUGUCUGAGACAAUCAAAACAUUGGCAGCCCUAACUGUCCAGGUAAAGACUAAAUUCACCAGUUUAGAGAGACCAGAGUUUUAUCCAGGCACUCAAGUUCCAUAUCCAUGUUAUAAUGACAGAGGUAGUCACGUGAUAAGGAUAGGGACGGGAAGGGUGUGUCGUGUGGACAAAAGAAUUGAGAAGAGGGGAACUUGUCGUUGUGCUACGUGUCAAGUCUCUGCCACACCCAGCAAAGUGUGGAGGGAGAUUAAUGUGUUGACAGCCACACACGUGGUGUUUGAUGACAAUGAGGCGAGACAGACCAGGUGUGUUUUAGGUUUUGAUGACAAUAAAAGUCCAGUGGUCAGUCUUGAUGGCUGGGAGAUGUUUGGUGGGGGAGACACUGAGAGAGACUGGUGUCGGUUGAGUUUUGUAACAUGUAACUUAGAGUUGGUUGAUGAGUUUGACAAGAUUUGUCGGCGUUUUAUAUAUCAAUGUAGGGCAGUUAGCAACAAAUACAGGAGAUUUGAUGAUGUGGACAAGUUGACCGUUAUAGUGUCACAUCCUCAUGGCUGUCCUAAACAGGUAUCUGUAGGACAAUGGACACACAGACAUGAGAUUGAUGACACCUGGACUAGGUACUGGUACACAACAUGUACAUGUCCAGGUUCCAGUAGAGCGACUGUUUAUAGGCUUGGAUGUGGUGGUUGGAUGUCUCAUCACCAUCCCCACAGUGGAUCAAACUCUGUAGGAAAUUACAGUGGGGAAUAUAUGUACUAAUGUAACUGUUCACUCACCUCUCUACUUGAUGUAAACAAAUGAAAUGACAGAACAUUUCCCAUCAUUAAACUGUUUUUAUAAGAUUUUAUUACAUAACAAUAUCGUUAAAUAGAAUGAUAGGUUUUUUUGUUUUUUUUUAAACAAUUUUUAAUUUCUUACUUUUUUAUGCCAUAUUUAAUCUUUUUUUUUUAUUACCUUUAUGAAUGUGUGCAAAUUGUUGUCCUAUAAAAGUGUUAAUUUAGAUGCUUAGGUCUAGAUGGUCCUAUCAGUAAUCUUCACAAAUUGUACAUAAACAGAAACUAAAUUCUAAAAGGAAAACAUCUUUGUCCUUUUGCCACUUUCACGAUUUCAAGAACAAGUCAAACGGUCAGGACGGAAUGAAACUUUUUUGUAUACCUUUAUCAAUAAAUUUUUAUUUUAAAAAGUAGAAGAUUAGUACUUCGCCCAGAAAGAGUGCUCGAGAUUCAUCGAUUUUUCCCUUUCGUGAACAAGAUACAUGUGACAGAUGAAGUAGAGUUGUGUGGUUCAUUGAUCUCGGCGUAAGAGCGAAUGAUGUUGUUAGCGCUAUGUCUUUGUUUCUCUAGCUUGAGCCCAGUGUU